GCCGCGAGCAGCAAGGCCCCCGUGACGCACAGCUCACUCUACGGUACGCCAUUUGUGUCUAGCACCAAAAAGCGCGGACCGGGGAAAUAGUCGUAUAACAAGAGGUUUUUGAUCAAGCAUUGAUGACUGCGAUUAACUUCUCUGUAGAAUAAAAUCAUAGGAUAUAAUAUGGAUAAAACACUGACAUCAGGAGAAGGGGCUGUUAAGGACAAAGCACCUGAAAAUGACACCAGUGGGAAAGUGCAGCCAGAUGAUGUGGAAAUGGAGGAAACGGCAGGAGACUCACUCGGUAGGACCGGUGAGCCUGAUGAGGCAGACGAGGAGCUCGCUGAGAGGCCGUGGUCAGAGUCUGUACCUGCGGAUGAGGAUAACCUCUGCGUAAUUUGUGGCUUCUCAGCCAAAUGCCCGAGAUCUCUGAAGAUUCACUCUGCACGAAAGCAUGGAAAAGCAUCUGACAAAAUAGCAAAGCCUUCAGAGAAAAGUGGAAAUAUCUCUGAUGCUGAAAUCCAGCGGGAGGCAGACAUGGAGACAGAAAGCGACUCUGAGGUUAAACAAAACCAGGAGCCUGAUCCUGAUAAACUUAAAUCAGCAGGCGGUGACAAUGGCAUGAAAACGAAGGGUCAAGCUAGAAAACAGAGUGUACUACACAAACAGCAGACAGAUCAAGAAGAUGCAACCCCUAACCAAGAGAGAAGAGUAAGCAAGAGAACCCCAAAACCUAAGAUUAUUCAUUCCUGCAACUACUGUGGCCAAGAGUUUAGAGACAAGUCUCCACUGGAUGUUCACAUCCAGAGAUACCACACCAAAGACACCCCAUACACAUUUGAUGAUGAUGAUAACGUAGAAGAAAAAGGAGAAGCUGAGGAUCCAAACAACGCCGUGAAGAUUACUCCAACACGAGUGGCGCCUAAACGUCCACACAGCAGGUUCCAGCUCAAGUGUGCAAACUGUGAUUUUCGGGUCAGCACUGCAGCGCUGCUGGAGAGCCACAGUCGUCUUAUACACAUGGACCAGCAGUGGUACCGUUGCAAAUUAUGUAACUUCUUUUCAGCCACAUCUGAGUGCAUGUACAUUCACCUGUCCUCAGAAAGCCACAUGCAGCAGGAGAAAGGAAAGAAGAGCACAGACUCUUCCUCAUUUGAACUAUAUGUGGAGAACAUAAGCAGAGACAAUGCUGGAGAAGGGGAUAAUUUAGAUGAUGUGAUUCAGGUGACUGUUGGAGAGGGGACAGCAGCUUUGAGAGAAGGAGAACAGGAAACUGAUGAGGCAGCAGAGGCUGCCAAAACUGUGUUGAUUGAGGAGGAAGAGUCAGAGCUUGGACCCCCCAAAAAGAAACGAGGAAGACCAAAGCAAGGGUCCACAACCACUUGUGGAUACUGUGGCCUGGUAGUGUCCAACGCUACCAACCUCAGUGUUCAUGUUCGCCGUAAACACAGCAAAGAUUAUGGCUACAGCUGCACUCUGUGCAACUAUAGCUGUGUGACCAAAGGAGACAUGGAUCGCCACUGUGUCACCAAGAAACAUGUUAGACGCGUGCAAGAGUGUUCAAAUAAGAGCCCAGUCACCAAUCACAUAAGUGCAUCAUUACAGGAACCCACAAGUACACAAGCCCAGGACGUAAAUACCGACUCACAGCCCAGCGACAAAGAACAGAAGUCUGACAAAAAUGCUUCCAAAGAACACAGUGGAGAGGAGCAAACUCAGUCAGACACAAGCCAGAAAAAAAGUAACUAUGACUCUGUUAGUGCUUGCAGCCUCUGUGAUUUUGUAGCUCAGUCAAUCCCUUCCCUACAUCUUCAUGUCAAAAGAAAGCACACCAAAGACUUUGAGUAUGUCUGUUUAGCAUGUGGCUACUAUGCAGUAACAAGCAGAGAAAUGUCUCGCCAUGCCAACACAGAGAAGCAUAAACAGAAAAGCCAGAAAUACCUGGAACCACAACGAAGCGAGGAACAGAAAGCUUUGGCACUUUCUUUAAAACAGAAGGAGAUAACUGAGCUUCCAGACUCUAACCCUGAACCUCCAAACCCCACAGAGGUGUCUGAGUCUGCUUCCAAAGACAGGCCAGCUAUGGAAAGCCAGAAUGUUUCUCCAUCCUCUGUGACCACAGAGGCUGUAAAUGCUGUGGUUAGCGUGGCUGGCGGUGCUGAUGAAAAGAAAGUGAAGACUAUUACACCUUCCGCUGGUGGUGAGCCCGAUCUGACCAACCGGACUUCUGAGCCAACAGCAGUGUCUGAACCCCAGCAGGCUCCACAACAACCUCAAAUUUCAGUGGAUCAGUCCACAGAGCAAGAGAGCAAGGAGGAAAGCGGUAAACAAGCAGAAGAUGAACAUAUAAAGGCAGAUGCAGAUCCUCAAAUGUCCAAAUUCCUUCUCUUUGAUCCCUGUAUCGUAUCCAUGAAGGCCCUCGCUGAGCAGGAGCAGGUGAUAGAAGAAGGUGUGGCUCUGGAAGGUGAGACGGCUGUUAUAUGUUUGACUGGAGGGUCACCGGUGCCCUCUGACCUCCUGUCCCCCAAUUCUACAUUUGUCAAGAAGCUGAAAUCCAAGGAUGGAAAAGCCAGGGAGGAAGGCAAAAAAACCAUUUCUCGGAUACGCUGUGAGGACUGUGGGUUCAUGGCGGACGGCAUCAGCGGCCUCAAUGUCCACAUCUCAAUGAAGCAUCCGUCCAAGGAGAGGCAUUUCCACUGCAUGGUGUGCGGCAAAUCCUUCUACACCGAGAGCAACCUGCAGCAGCACCUGACCAGCGCUGCCCACCUUCGCAACGAGCAGAACAGCGUAGAGGAGCUGCCCGAAGGGGGAGCGAGCUUCAAGUGUGUGAAAUGCACAGACCGCUUUGAAACGGAGCAGGAGCUGUUUAUUCACAUUAAGGAGAAACACGAGGAGCUCUUGAGGGAGGUCAACAAGUAUGUGCUGGAGGACACGGAGCAGAUCAACCGCGAGCGCGAGGAGAACCAGGGCAGCGUGUGUAAAUACUGUGGCAAAGUGUGCAAGAGCAGCAACUCCAUGGCCUUCCUGGCACACAUUCGCACACACACCGGAUCCAAGCCCUUUACGUGCAAGAUCUGCAACUUUGCAACUGCUCAGCUGGGAGACGCCCGGAACCACGUGAAGAGACAUCUCGGGAUGCGAGAGUACAAAUGUGACAUAUGCGGAUGGGCCUUUGUGAUGAAGAAGCACCUCAGCACCCACCUGCUGGGAAAACAUGGAGUUGGACAGCGUAAAGAGAGGAAGUUUGAAUGCAAGUUGUGCGAGCGCUCCUUCAGUGAAAAAUGGGCCCUGAACAACCACAUGAAACUACACAGUGGGGAGAAGCCAUAUAAGUGUGCCUGGCCAUCCUGCCACUACGCCUUUCUCAACCUAUCAGCCAUGAAGGACCACUACAGGACGCACACUGGUGAGAAAUCUUAUCUCUGUGACCUGUGUGGUUUUGCGGGAGGCACCAGACACGCCCUCACCAAGCACAGGCGCCAACACACAGGAGAAAGACCCUUCAAAUGUAAGCUCUGCAACUUCGCCUCCACCACGCAGUCCCACCUGUCACGGCACAAACGCGUUCACACCGGGGAGAAACCAUACCGAUGCCCCUGGUGCGACUACAGAUCCAACUGUGCAGAGAACAUCCGGAAGCACAUCCUCCAUACGGGGAAGCAUGAGGGCGUGAAGAUGUACAACUGCCCCAAAUGUGACUAUGCCACCAACUCUCCCAUGGAGUUCCGAAACCACCUGAAGGAGAGUCACUCUGAUAUCGAGAACCCUGAUCUCGCCUAUCUACAUGCAGGUAUUGUGUCCAAGUCGUUUGAGUGUCGUCUGAAAGGCCAGGGCGCUACAUUUGUGGAAGCUGAGUUCGUGGAUUCCCCGGUGAACAAGAAGGGCACAUCUGAGGCGCCCGGCCACGAGGAGCCGGUCCAGCAGGUCAUCAUCAUCCAGGGCUAUGGUGACGGGGAUGUGGCUAUCGACCAGGCCCUGGAGGAGUCGGCCGCCGCCACCCUGCAGACGCUGGCCAUGUCCGGACAGGUGGCCGAGGUGCUGCACAUCACCGAAGACGGACAAGUGAUAGCCUCAGGCAGGGAAGUGGCAUCCGCAGGGGCACACCUGGCCCGAGGCAGCACCCAGUACGUGGUUCUGGAGUCAGGGGAGGCCAGGAAGGAGCUGCAGGCCAUGGCCAGAGGAGGGGUGGCGGUCGCAGCCGCUACAGGACAAAGUCACAUGGUUUCUGAGUCGUCCACUGCUCUGGACGCUCUGCUCAGCGCUGUCAGAGAAAUGGGUCAUCAGGAGGAAAUCCACGCAGAAUCAGCCGUCGUCCAUGAAGUGUUGACCCCGGAGAUAGCUGAGGCCGUGCAGAGUCAAGUGCAGCCAGAGGUGAAACAGGAGCAGGAGGAGGUGCAGGUCAUCCAGGAGACCGGCCAGGAGGAGAUGCAGGAGGUGCUGCAGCUCGCCGCAUCCCAGAUGAUGAAGGAAGGCCUCACCCAGGUCAUUGUCAAUGACGAGGGCACCCACUACAUUGUGACUGAGCUGGACAACUGCACGUUGCAGGUGGAGGAGGGGGUGUAUGGAGACGCUGGGGCGGGGGGUGAGGAGGAGGUGCAGCAGGGAGAGCAACAAGCUGGAGAGGAGAUGGUGGUGUAUCUGGAUGGAGCCCCUCAUAAUAUAGUCCUGGAAGGGUAGAGAAGAAGAUUCACAUUUGUCUUUUCAUUUCACUUCCCCGUUUGUGUUAAAAGUUGCAUUAGACCAAAUGUUUACCAAGAAAUUAGUUUUCCUCUUUUUGUUUCCCCUUUAAUUCCCUCUGCUUGGUUCUGUUUGUACAUCACAUUUGUUUUCUACAAUCUUCUCUUGGGCUGAACUCAGGUUAAACAUCAUUUAUUGAAAGGGACAGUGAAGGAAAGAGGUUUUGGUGCUAAGUGAACUCACUUGCAAUCCACACAACCACCAAAACUAUAUAACUGACUUGAUUAAUGCCAUGCAACUUAGAGAAAAGGAUUGCGAAUACUUCCUCAUGAAAUAUUUUUCUAAAAUGCGUCUGACAUGCUCAUAGUUAAAAGACUCAUUAUACAGAAAAUGUGUGUUUUGCUUUGUAGAAGUUUUCUUGCUUUUGUUGUAGUUUGUAGUAUGUUUGUGCAUCUUAGGUUUUGUUUUGCUGUAAUAAAAAUCUUUUGUCUCACAGUUUGA